AUGUUUUUCAUAUACCUUGUCCCAUUACUGUCCCUCAUUUACUUCCUCUACACCCGCCUCACCUCCCCUCUAGCCAAACUCCCCGGCCCACUCUACACACUCUUCACCCCCCUCUAUCUAAUCUACAACGAAUUCACCGGUAACCGCCGCCUCUACGUCCAUUCCCUCCACACAAUCCACGGCCCCAUCGUCCGCCUCGGACCCAAUGAAAUUUCUUUCGCUAGCUAUGAAGCCAUGAAGGAAAUCUACACCUCCGGCGGCAGUGGCUUUGACAGAACGGAAUUUUAUGAACUGUUCAAGCAGUUUGGGACCAAGACGCUGUUUUCCAUGCCGCCGAGGGGGGAGCAUAGCAAGAGGAAGAGGAUUCUUGCUGAUAGAUAUGCGAAUACGAAUGUUAUGAGACCGGAGACUAUCGAGGCGUUGACUGUGAGGGCGAGGCAAUGUCUUCAGAACUGCUUGGCUGAGGAUGGGGGUGAUGCUGAUGUUUAUGUGCAUUUGCAUUGUUUUGCUCUGGAUGGAGCGAGUCAGCAUCUGUUUGCUCCCAAUGGCACGAAUUCACUAUCUGACCCUGAGGAUCUGAAGAUUAUGGAGGAAAUGUCUUAUGCAGAUAGUCUGCGAGCACCCUAUCUGGAAUACUAUGCACCAGGACUAGCUGCCUUUUUCGACAAGUUCAACUCCAAGCGCUCAAGAUCUGUCCCUCUAGCCAACGACUUCGUCCUCGGAGCAGCGCAAAAAUCAAACCCGGCAUCCUACUCGCUGAUAUCAAAACUGCAUUCCAAAGCUUCUGAUCUGGAAGAGCUGUCCGCACCGGCAGAAUGUAUGGAUCAUCUAGCCGCCGGCAUCGACACCACAGGUGAUGGAUUAUGUUUCCUCAUGCAUGAACUCUCCCUGCCUCAUAACAUGCAUAUCCAACAAAAGCUGCGGGAAGAAAUCAACAGCAGCGAAGGCAAGAGCUUUGAUCAACUACCUUAUCUGGAUGCGGUGGUGAAAGAGGGAUUGAGAGUCUUCCCACCCAUCCCCAUGAGUUUCCCUCGCUAUACUCCGGACUCUGGGACCACUUUGGAUGGGUACUAUAUCCCCGGUCGUGUCAUUGUGUCUUGCCAGCCUUGGACUUUACACAAAGAUCCCCAUGUCUUUCCCUCACCUGAGCUUUUCAAUCCGCAACGAUGGCUUGAGGAAGAGGGGGAACUUGAACGUAACCGCAUGUUCUUUGCUUUCUCGCAAGGUGCAAGAGGAUGUAUUGGGAAACAUCUUGCUUUGGCUGAGAUGAAGAUUCUGCUGCGAGAGGUUUAUGGAACAUAUCAAACGAAGCUGGGUAAGGAGAAGGCGGACAUGCGAUUGGAUGAUCAGAUCAUUUCUAGCAGACCCAAGGGUCAGAAAUGUCGGUUGGCUUUCGAGAAGGUUGUAUAA